AUGGCACAACAAUUACGUGAGUCUGGAGGCGGUGAUUUGGCUCCGAACGCCGGGUUAUUGUUAAACUCGAACGCGCCACCACGACCACCACCCUCUACGGGACGACCUACCGGUGACGGGAGCAGCGAAAGUGUAGACAGCAGCGGUGUCGGACCCAUGCGAGUUGGAACAACAAACUCACAAACCGCCGGUAACAAAUCCUUCGAACCCCAGUAUGUGUCCGGAUAUUCUCGGUCAAAUUGUGAAUACAGUCAGCAGAACGAGAAGUGGAAUGCCACCGGUAAGUAUUAUUCCAUUUGGUCUACUGCAUCUGGCCUCACGUGCGAUGCCUAG